ACUACAGCUGAAUGGUGAGCUGCAUAUGGAGCUUCAGCUCCAAAUUUGCAAAGGUUUGCAAUGAAAGUCCUCAACUUAACAUGCAAUGCAUCAGGUUGUGAAUGGAAUUGGAGCAUCUUUGAAAAUAUUCAUAGCAAGAGGAGAAAUAGGUUAGAUCAUCAACGCUUGAAUGAUUUGGUAUACAUUAAGUAUAAUCGAGCCUUGAAGAGAAGAUACAAUGAACGUAACACCAUUGACCCAAUUUCUUUGAAAGAUAUAGAUGAUAGCAAUGAAUGGUUGAUAGGAAGAAUGGAAGAUGAGGAUUCUCAUGGAGGUGCACAAGAUGAUUUUGUAUUUGAUGAUGAUAAUUUGACAUGGGGUGAUGUUGCUAGAGCUACUAGAGCUGAGGAGGCCAGGUUUGAUACUAGAGCUAGAGCUAAAGCUAGACCAAGCUCAAGCACAAUACCACCAACGAGGAGGAUAGCUUCAAGUUCUAGAACCUUGCCUUCUCAUUCACUAAUAGAUGAAGAUGAGGAUGGAGACAUGGUUGAUUCAGCAGAUGAAGAAGAUGGGGAAGGCUACCAAUAUGGUGAUGGAAAUAAUGAUGAUGAUGAUUUAAUUGAUUUAGAGGAGGAGUGA